UUGUUUUUUCUUCUAAAAGCGGGUUCAGGGCGUACAAUCGGCGUAAUCUACGUAGCGAAAAAGCAAUAAUACGAAGUUAUACAACACACAGACACACACCAACAGACUCCGGCCCACACAUAGGCUCCCAGCGACGGAUAUGAGCAGCCAGGGACACCACAAGAUGCAUAGAUCGUCCUCCUCCACCGGCAAGAGUAACAAACCCGAUCAGGAGUUCACCGAUGAAAUCGAUCUGUGCGACCGCUUCUCGGCGGACAUGGCUCGGCUCUGCAUGAACGAGCACUACUCGGACGUGGAGUUUGUAGUCGAGGAGCAGCUCCUGCCGGCCCAUCGCGUUAUCCUGGCAGCGCGCAGCGAGUACUUCCGUGCGCUGCUGUACGGGGGCAUGUCAGAGACGACACAACGACGGAUUACGCUGGAGGUGUCGCUGGAUCCGUUCAAAGUGCUACUCCGGUACAUUUACUCUGGAACGUUGCUGCUGUCCACCUUGGACGAGGAUGCCGUGAUCGACGUCCUCGGCAUGGCCAAUCAGUACGGAUUCCAGGACCUAGAGAUGGCCAUAUCAAAAUAUCUGCGUCAGUAUCUGGCUCUCAGCAACGUAUGCAUGAUCCUGGAUGCAGCACGCCUCUACAACCUGGACGAGCUGACCAAUGUGUGUCUAGCGUUCAUGGAUCGCAAUGCACGCGAAUUGCUGCAGCACGACUCAUUCAAAAUGCUCUCCAAGGAAUCUCUAGAGGAAGUCCUGCGGCGGGAUUCGUUCUUUGCCGCCGAAGUACACAUCUUUCAGGCCGUUUGGAAAUGGAGCCGCUAUAAUCCGAAUGUCGACAUCAAGUCGGUGGUCUCGUUCGUCCGUCUGCCACUCAUGAAUCUCGAGGACCUGCUGCAGGUGGUGCGACCCUCCACCAUUCUCGAGCCAGACAAAAUACUCGAUGCCCUUCAAGAGAGGAGCACCUCAAAGUCGCUGCCCUACAGGGCCGCCUUGUUACCCGAUGAGAAUGUGGCCACGGAAAAGCAUGACUCGUAUUGCAUUCAGGGCGAUUGCCGGUCGGCCCUGCUCGACGGAGACGUCACCGACUACGACAUGGAGAACGGCUACACGCGACACUCGAUCACCGAAAACGAUCCCGGCAUUGUCGUUGAGCUGGGCACCACCUUCAUGAUAAAUCACAUCCGCAUGCUGCUGUGGGACCGGGACAGUCGGGCCUACUCCUACUACGUGGAGGUCUCUGGCGACAUGAUGCACUGGGAGUGCGUGGUCGACUACAGCGAGUACCACUGCCGAUCCUGGCAGUAUCUAUACUUUCCGGCUCGGGCCGUCCGCUACAUUCGGCUCAUGGGCACACAGAACACCGUCAAUCGGGUGUUCCAUGUCGUCGGACUGGAGGCCAUGCACACGAGCAAUGUGCCCGAGCUGGUCGGUCACUUUGUGGCGCCGCAGCGAAAUGUGGCCACCGUCGAUCUGAGCGCCAUUGUGACGGACGGGGUCAGCCGCACCCGCAAUGCCCUCAUUAACGGGGACUAUGUACGCUAUGACUGGGACUCGGGGUACACCUGCCACCAGCUGGGCAGCGGCGAUAUUGUGGUCCGCCUAGGGCAGCCCUAUCACGUGGGAUCGAUGCGUCUGCUGCUGUGGGACUGCGACGAUCGCACCUACAGCUUCUACAUUGAGACCUCGACGAAUCGCCGCGACUGGCAAAUAGUGGUGGACCGGCGCAAUGACAAGGUUCGCUCCUGGCAGAACUUUCACUUCACUCCCCGGCCCGUUGUCUUCAUACGGAUUGUAGGCACCAGGAAUACCGCGAAUGAGUCCCAAAUACAGAUAUUCCACUGCGUCCAUCUCGAGUGCCCGUCGCAGGACAAGAGCUACCUCAAGGAAAAGGAGAAGGAAAAGGAGUUCGGCCGACAGCGCGAAUGGGAACGGGAACGGAAACGAGAUCUGGGGAAUCUCCUCAAGCCGAUUACCCCAACGGAUGACAACCAUGCCUCCACCUCUGCGUCAGCUAUAGCCGCCCUUGCAGCCAUCAGCCUAUCCCCAUCAGGAUCAUCGCCGGCCGGUGCGUCCAGCCAGAACGAACUCAAACCGAACAUCCCCUGUCUGCCACAGACAUCCGAUGAACUGGCCGACGUUAUAUCGAAAGCGGAGGCACAGCCUGAACGGGACACACCAGACGAAGUCCCCUCUGCACCGCCUUCGCCUGCAUCAGUAUCGACGCCUGCAGAGGCCCAUGCUGAACCACCUCCGCCGCAGGAGAAGGAGAAAGAAAAGGAGCAGAAGCAGGAGCAGGCGGCUCUGCCUGAGCCAGUGCCAUCACCUCUUCUGGUCGAGCUGGAGCCAAAUGAGCCAGCAACAACAACAGAAGAUACAACAGCAGCACCACCAAUGGCGGCAACAACAGCAGCAGCAGCAGCAGCAGCAGCGGCCCCUCAUCUCCAGCGACGCUGAGUGCUGCAGAUGAAGCCUGUAUUUUCUACUGUUCUUUCAUGAGUGUCCGCCACUCGAAAUACUCCUGUGGUCAAAUUGUAAUUGUUGUAGACGUAGACGCCCGCCUUACAUCCAUUGGUCCCAUUCCACCGAUUCCAGAGUGUGUCCUUGUGAGUCGUCUCCAGUUGAGUUGCAAUCCUGCACCGUAUUUGCACCGCCGUAUUUGUUAUCUAGUCCUUCCCAGUGCCGUCAACCCAAGACACGCUCGAAACAUUCGCAUCGCUAAUUGUUAUUUUACAUACGUCUAGCGCGUAUUUUACUUGUUUCAAAAACGAUAUAUUCCAAUACUUGAUUGGAGUUGAUCGUUGAUUGCGAGACGAAGAUAGGAGCACCCUUUGUUUGCCAGGCAGCAGAGAUAUUUGAUAAGUUUUAAACAUUAAUUGUGCAGACCCGAAAUCAGAUUUCCCAGCACCCCAACCAAAAUUGUAUACGAUAUGCAUCCCGGGGCAUCCCAACGGAUACGGGGAGUCCCCCUAGAGCCUAGACGAACCUAAAUUUAGGAAAAUUUGUAUUUUAUUCAAGAAACAUCAAGUGCACAUCGCACUACAAAAAUCCUAUAGGAAGUAAGAGGAAAGCUCUCUCUUGGGCUUUCCCUUGUGUGGUUUCCGAGCACGAUCUUGCCCCCGGUGUCUACCAAAAUUUAAGUUAUUGGUGUUAUUAUGCAAAUUGUAUCAUACAUACAUUUCAAUGGAAAUUGCACUCAAAAUAAAACCUAACCAAAAAUGUUCACACAAUCAA